GAAAGAAAGCAGCUCCGAGACAUCCGAGAGUCUCAGAGUUCCGAGUUCCGAGUUCAAAUGCGAACAUUGCGAACACCCGGCAAGGAAUGUGAUUGCGUCCUCCAGAAAACUAUACGUAAUUUUCAAUAUUACAAACAAUCGCAGCUCCCAACAUGGCUGAAAUCGAUUAUGAAGAAAUACGAAGGAAAAACAUCGCAAAACGACAAGCGGAGUUUGCAGAAUUUUUUAAAGAACUAAAAGCCGAAACGGAGGAUUUGAAAAAAAACCUGACAGAAAAGAGAAAAAAUUUGAGUCAUUCAAACGAUGAAAAUGCGGAAAAUCGCCCGCCGGCGAGAAAGCGUCGUAAAAAGUGGAGUCAUUUGCAGUACGAGCCAAAAACGCACAACACGCGGAGCAGAGCAAGAAGGAUGAGUGGAAAUAGUUUUUCUGCAAAUACCACAAACGAUGAAACUUUUGAGGACAACAACAGGGAACUCGAAAGAACGCUUGUGCCCAAAGGCCGUCCACUGAAGGUCAUAUUUCCAUGGGCAAAAACCUUUGAAAGAGAGAUGGAAAUCUCAAGAAUGGACAUAUGGGAUGUUGACAAAGAAUUGGCUGAGUAUGACGAUGAGGACGACGAUUCUGAUCACAAAAGUAAAAGAUCAAAAACUCGAACAUUCCAAGUUUCCACAUCAACUUAUGAUCCCAAUUCCAUUCCAUCAAUCGAUGAAAUAACCGAAGACAUGUUAGCGAAUGUCGCAGAAAAAAGUUCAGGAAAGACUUACUGUAAGUACAAUGGAACAAGCUGUCAUCAGUGCAGACAAAAAACUCUUGACACCAAAACUGUCUGCCGAUCUGGUGAAUGCAUCGGUGUUAGGGGCCAGUUUUGUGGGCCCUGCUUACGUGGCAGGUAUGGCGAAGAUGCUGUUAAAGUUCUCAAAGACCCGAAUUGGGCUUGUCCACCUUGUCGUGGCUUGUGCAACUGCAGUAUUUGUAGAACAAGGAACGGUCAACGGCCAACAGGAAUUUUAGCACCGGUAGCUCAAGAAGAAGGUUAUUCUUCGGUAAUGGAUUAUUUGCAGGCAACUAGUGAAGAUGACGAGAAAUUUUCUUAAGCUUCGGCCUGAGAAUCACAGUUGUGAACGCCAAAUGACAAUAUCAGUAUUUGAGACGGCUAUGCAUUCCUUUUACACAGUUUGUUGUCCUUAUCGUAACAUUUCCGUAGACGAGCUUAAUGUUUUUGACUAUACAUUUGAAUUUUUGUACAAUUUUCGUUAAUGAGUUUGUCAACUCUCAGUGCCACCAGUGAUGAAUAUUUUUUAAAAAUAUUUUACAAUAGCUGCAGAAUCAAAAAUGUUUGCGGUUGAAAAUAAAUUAUUUACAAUUUUUAA